UUUUUAUUAAAUUAUUCAUCGAUGCUAUUUUUAUAUUUUGUAUAAUAUUUAUAAUAAUAAGAAAUAUAUUUUAUAUAAGACAAUAUGAUACUGGAGGAAUGUCGAGAGCUUGUGGACCAGCAAAUACCAAAGUUGGUCAAGCUAUUGCUGGAAUCGGAGGUGGAGGAUGAGACCUAUACGAAUUGCUUGAAAUCUGCGCUCUGCCGCUUGGAAAACUACGCGAAGCCCUUAAAUACGGCGGAGAGUAUCUCUCAAAAUCUAGGCGACUUUUUGGAUCGAUAUGUGUGCGAACGUCUGGAAAUUAUGGCGCACACUAUUAAAACGCUCUGCAAUGUGAUACUCGACGAUAUCAUUAUAACGGAUUGCUUUAAAUUGGCUCUGCUAGAUUUUAUGCUAUCAGUUAACUUUAAAGCUUUUCGCUCCGUUCGCAUUCACUACGACGACUAUAUGGCUCGAAGAAAGAAAGUACUCAAAGCUCUGGCUGCAGCUCAGAGCACCAACUGUUUAUCUGGCAGAAGAGAAAUUAAAUUGGAUUCAUACAGAGAAACGAUGAGUUCGGUAAACAACUACACGUCAACAUCUGAGGAAGACGUUCUGAGCGAGUCCACAGCCAGUUUACAUACGAUACGCUCGCAGGAUAUUUCCGAUCAGAUAGAAACACUGGCCAUAGGCUCUAGUUCGGAUGAGAUCUAUCCAAACCAGGAGCAGGAACCCAUCGAUCAGCCUCCGGCGAUGAUUCGUUGCAAAUACCUGACCGGCAAUCGCCGCUUCAUUGUUGCAUUUGGCAGCUAUUUGCGUGGCAAGUUCAACAAUGCGCCGCAGUGCUUGAUGGAGUACGGCGAGGAGGGCUUCGUCUUACGUGAGAUACUCUGCAUGUUCUUUCUGCCCGGCGAUUGUCACUUCUUUCACAUUGUCAAUCAUAUGAUAGAGCUGCGUCCCGACGUCAUCAGCAAUAAGGAGACUAGGCUAUUUAUUGUAGAGAAGUUUCUGAGGCCCUUGCAGCAUAUGCAAAUGAUUCAGCUGUAUAUUAGCUGUAAUGAAACGUCCAAAGAUAAUACCGAACGAACGGAGACGUUGCUCUGCCUAUCGGCGGCAUUCAGACGCUUGCUCAAGCCAAUUGUGGAGGUGCUCACACAAUUUGAGCGCAGCCUGUCCAAUGAUUUCGAACUGUUGAACCUGCGUGACUUGCGUCGUGCCACAAAGGCACGAUUUGAGAGUCUUGAGCGCUUGUGGAGCUUGGCGGCCGCCACAUACAUGUCCUAUCCGUCUGAAUUUGGCAACGAGCCGCACUCACGCAGUCAGCACAUCAUGUGCAGUCUGGUCGAGCUGACGCUGCAGACAUUAACCUCAAAGGAUCCGGCCAAACGCGCCUAUGCGGCCGCUUUGCUGUUGAAUGAGCUGCAGGUGAUUUGCCGCUUCCUCGACUCUUGGUGGCAGACGGGUGAGUUCAAUGACUGGCUCGAAGAAUUCGCUGCUAUGAAAUCGGAGAAAAAUUGCAGAACGGAAUACACGAUGCGCCCGUACCACUAUGGUCAGCCCUAUAUGAAAAUCUGUAGGAUCUAUAGGAUUAUAAAGCGACAUAUCGAGUCAGCUGGACUAGCACUCGCCGCUCUAUACGAUUCGCAGCGAUUGGUGGACUUUGUCAGCGAGCAUCAAGAAUUGCUGGCAAUCAAACUGCAUCAAGCAGUUGUGCGUUCUAUGAAUGAGGAACUCAGAUUUUAUCAAAGGCACCCAGAGUCGCCUGUCCAGGCAGGUCGUGAUAUAUUUUGGCAGCUCAGAGCAACCGACGACGAACACUUGCGCAGCCUGUACUAUGCCUAUUACGAGGAGACGAUGUCCGACUUAAACCAGCCCGAGUUCUGCAGCAUCGAUGAGCUGCUGAGGCGCUGUCAAAACUGUGUGGUCUAUACGCCGUUCGCAGAGCUCAUCUGCCAGACAUUUGAACACCAUUUAGAGCAGCGUGCUCUGCUCGUAAACAGAUAUGUGAAUUAUCUUAUCCAGGAUCGACUUCAAUUGGCCAAAGUAUUUGAGAAAUUGCGUGCGGUCUUUUUGCUACUCAAUUUCAACGAGUUUGAUGAAGAGUAUUCACUAGCAUAUGGCUAUCUGGAAAAUGGAUUGAUUGUCAAAGGUGCUGAGCAGCUGCAGAUCAUUAUGAAUAAGUAUAAUUCUGUGGAAUUGCUCCGAAAUGAUCCAUUUUAUGUGACGCUGCCCAUUACCAAUAUCGAGCAGCUUGCACUGGCCUAUAGCUGCAAUAAAAUGUUGACCAGCAUAAUUACAGAGCCACAGAUCAAAAGCUACAACGAGGCAUUUCGCCUACGUUUACAGCUGUAUGUGACGGUGUAUCGAGUGCAGCAGCUGCCACAGCUCUAUAGUGAUCAUUCGGUGGCCGGCUCUCUUGCUGAACUGCAGGACACAGUGCUGCAGGCUCUGGACAAGCACUUCAGAAUGAAGGCCCUACAAAAGGCUGUGGAUCAACUGGAUGAGAUUUUGCGACGCUGCGAGAAACUAUCGCACCUGCAGAUAGCGCAUCAGGAAUUCGUAAGGCUGAUGGUAGCUAGCCUAAAGCUAGGCGUCUACCGUUCGCAGCACGAACUGCAAGAACUGCUGGCAAUGGCACGCAUCGUUAUCUGCCUGUGGCGACGCGUUGAAUACGUACUCUUCUACAACAUCACAGAGGGGGACGAGGGGUGUGCCUUUGAUGAUAAGUAUGAUGCUCAUAAUAUGACCUAUUUAAUGUCUGUGACGACUGCUACGAAAGCCAUGCGCUGCCUGCAUCCGUUAAAGGAUAUUGUCAAAUAGAUAA